UUUCGCGACAUGGCUGCCCAAGGGGUGCAAGGUUCACUGUCAGAAGUCCCCGAGGGCGUCGGCAGAAAGAACAAGAGACAGAGACGGCAUCGGAACCCCGGAUGUUGCAGUGAUGGGCGUAUCGAGGGGGCUAUCUCAUUCAUGGGCAGGGCAGCUUGAAACAUGGACUGGUGGGAGGCAUGACGACGGGCGCCCGAGCUCUCUGACGGCAACCUUGCCCGGAUGAUGCGUCUGAUAUCGGUUCAGUGCAUAGAUGGAAAACAAGUAACGCGAAUAUGCGGGAGUCUGUUUCUUCGUACAAGAAUGACUUGUUCGUGUGAAGUUGAAUUAUCGUUAAAAAAGGCGGUUGUCUGCACCGAAACCUUCACAGUAAGAGGAUUGCUCGAAAAGGGGACUGAGUUGCAGGCGAGCGGCGAACGAGCCAGGCGAUUGCGGGACAUCAGAAGUCAAUCGGUGGCGGGACAUUCCAUCACCUUACGGGUACUUAGGUACCUACGGAAUGUUAGCGUUGUGGCAUUGGAAGGAAGGAAGGAGCCACGAAGCCACCUCAUCCCUCCCAAAAUCAACUUUCAGCACAUCCGAUUGCGUAGCCCAAGGAAGUAUGUCGCUGCAAGUUCCCGUCAGGUAGCAGAUAGACAGACAUUUGGGCAAGUACCGCCAAUGUACCGUGGAGUCGAUGCGGGACCGAGAUGUUAGACUCGCUCAAGAUUGAAUUGCGUGAAAGACCAGAAUCGACAAUUACUUCUGACAAAAAAAACAUGGGAA